AGUACAAACUUGGUCAGUGGGAGAACGAGGAUUGGCUUCGUCUCAUCACGUAGCUAUAUACGGUAAUCACGGUAUAAGGUUCAUAUUUAUUUUUUACCAAGGGCUCGAACGGAAGGAAAGCAUUAUCCGCUUUCAAGCAACGGACUUCAAUGAGAAUAAUAAUUAUGCACGGUUUUUAUCAGAGUCCCCAUGAUGGCACUGUGUUGGCUGAUACAAACAUCAUGAUUACACUCCUUAUUUGAUGUUUGAGACAUCCAUCUCGAGCACGGAGACCGUCCGCUCAGGGAGAAAGCAAGACAAUGGCGAAUCCAUCUUUUCUUCUGCGAAGAUCGAAUGCAGUCCCAUUAAUAUGUUUCUGUGUGGUGCUUCUUAUCCUGCCUCCAAGCCUGCUGGCGGGCAACGUCUUAAUCACCACAAGCCUUGGCGAAGGAUCGCACUAUUUCGUCGGGAAGACGAUUGGAAAAUACCUCGUUAGACAUGGUCAUAAUGUGACGGUUCUCGUCAGCGAAGCGUAUGCUCACCGGGCAGAUAAUCCUGACGACUCGGAGUUAAAUUUCAUUGCGUUUCAUCAAUCGACUGAGCAGAUUAAGUCUGUCAAAGAAAGACAUUUGGCCUUCUCAAAGAAUGCACUUGAACCAAGUACGGCGACAUACAUCAUCAACCUCAUGCAAACCCAUCGUCAAGGUGCGGCGGACGACUGCGAAGACCUCCUCGGAAACCCCGACGUCAUGCACCAACUCGAAGACGGCAAGUUCGACGUGGUCGUCUAUGACAUGAUCUGGUUGUGCAGUCUGAUAGUGGCCAUGAAACUGAACACAACCGCAGUGUUGUCUUCCCCAAUGGCUGUGCCGACGAUGCUGUCCAUGUACGCACGAAAUCCGGUCAAUUUGGCUUACACUCCAGAUUGUAUGAAUGCCUAUACAAAUAAAAUGUCCUUUCUACAACGUGUGAACAACGUAGUAGCCAAUCAGGUAUUAUUCCAGGUAUUAGAGUACAUGCAUGGGCCUUUCAAUACAGUCAGAGAACGUCAUCAGAUCAGGCAGGAUUUGCCAGGAUCUAUCUCGGACCUCAUUGGGACCUACACCGAUCUAUUCCUGGUCAAUAUGGAUUUUGCGGUGGAGUACCCGCUCCCGCUCCUUCCGAAUAUCAUCACCAUAGGAGGAAUCACUGCAAGGCCGGCAGCACCAUUACCAGAUGAUCUAUAGGCCCUUAUGCAGUCAUCUGGCGAUGGUGGCGUCAUCUUAUUCACACUCGGUACUUAUGUUACCCAAAUCAAACAAGAAUUCCUUGAACCAUUUGCCGAGGUCUUUGGUCGGUAUCCGCAGCACAAGGUUUUGUGGCAGUUCGUCGGUGAACCUAAGUUCAAGAUACCGUCAAAUGUAAAGAUGAUGCCAUGGCUGCCACAAAAUGAUAUUUUAGGUCACCCGAAGACACGUCUAUUCAUUUUCCAUAUCGGCAACAACGGGUUUUCCGAGACCAUGUACCAUGGUGUCCCAGCUAUUCUAAUACCACUCACAGGGGAUGCCAUAGAUCAGGGGUCUCGACUGACUCAUCACGGUUUCGGCAUAGUCCUUGACAAGACCAAAGUAACUGUUGAUGUACUAGACGAUGCAAUAAAGACAAUCUUCAACAGCAAUAGUUACUCGGAGGUGACAACGCUACUGUCCUCUCGUCUGCAAAGUAGGUCGAUGCAUCCGGGUGAUCGCGCUGCAUUCUGGGUAAAUCACGUGAUGAAGCAUGGAGGCGGCUACAUGAGAAGCCCACUGAUUGGACUCAACUUUAUACAGCGUAAUAUGCUAGAUGUUUUGGCCUUUCUCCUAGCCGUGAUCUUAGUAAUAUUAGUAGUUUCUUUCUAUAGCAUCCGACGCACUAUUGGGUUCUGUAAACGGAAAUGUUUCUCUUCUUCUAAGCAAAAACAUGAUUGAACAGAAUACUAGUAUUAAGUAAAUCAAUUUAAUUAUUCUCAUUCUUGACAUUGACAAUUUCCAAAGAUAUGUAUAUAUUGAUGAUUCUAUGAGAAUUAUAAUGAUAUGUGAUCAUGGUGUUCGAGCUUGGCAUCUCGUUAUAACAGGAGUCGAUUGGUAGAAUGAACACAACUGGCGUGUGAAUCAUAAUUGGCAUUGGCAAGCACAAUAUUACUUGAUUUUGGAAGGUAUAGGAUUAAUGUAAGAAUAAGAAAUAUCUAAUGCGAUAAAAUUCCUUUAAUUGGGACGAGACACGCUUUAAAAGAAAGAUGCCUGGAGCUGGUUUUCAGGAUAUAGUUAUUUGGAUAAUGAUCAUGUACUGACAAAUAAGAAUUAUGCAUAUUUAGCAAGUGCUUGCUUUCCGAAUUUAAUUUGCAACCUUACAUUACAGAAAGGAAGACUUUAACAUGUUUAGAACGUGUUAGGAAUUAUAUUGUUUUGUAUAUUCCGUGGUGCCUGAAAUAAUUUUUAAAGUCAAAUAAGAUUCAAGUUUAGGUUAAUUGCCGAUCACUUUUCUUCCUAAAUAAUUUCAAUAUUAUAUUAUUUAUGAUCACACAUAGUAACUAAAGUCUUAUCGGAUUUUUUUCAGGAAACCAAACUGUUAGGAAAUGGAAACAAAUGCACAAUACGGUGCUUUAUAUAGUGACGUGCAUAAAUAUAGCUGCUAUUCGCUUCUUUAACAAAAAUAAUAAUAAUAAACGGUGCUUCUUGUUCAUAAAUAAAAGUAGCAUUGCUCAGCUUUGAUAGUUAUACAACAUGGCGAAAAAAAUAUCGGGAAGUUUUUAUAUCAUGCACUUUUGCAGCAAUAUGAAAUGGAGAAUGAAUUAAUCAGCCUCUUGUACGCUUCUUCAUAAGUGGCAUGCAUAUCCGAAUGUUUUUUUUUUGUAAAUAAGGGUCGCGUCAGGUUUUUUUCUCUCUCUCACUUGAAAAAGAAAGUGAAAACGACCAUCAUUCUAUUAUUUUUUUUAUUAAAGACCGACAACUUAAUUGCACGUUAACAUAUAAUCUCUGUAUGCUUUGCUAAACACAUUGGAAACUUCGUUAGAUCGUUGGGUCAUUUGUAACACUAAAUUGUUUUCCUUGACGAUAGAGUGCAAAGUUCCGUUCUAAUGAUGUACCUUGAGGUAUAAAUAAUCAUUUAAAAAUAUGUCAGUUAUACCAAUUACAAAAGUAUAGAUUAAACUCGGGCGAGCCAACUAUCGAUAAAGCCAGGAAAUAUAAUUUUCAGUGUUAUGCUUGUUUGAUUUUGCCUCAUUUUAUUCAAGUUAGCUUUUUGUUGGGAUGGACUUGUCGUCUAAGCCCCCGUAAUCCAUUUUUCAGUAUCACUGUUGUUUAGGCCUCCAGAAACAGAUUUAUUUAAAAAAGGCGGUCAGGAGCCAUUCUGGAAUUUUUUAUACUUUUUGGCUCCCGAAUUCGAAUGAGCACAACCUUGCUUUGUAUCUCAUUAUCUAUUCAGAUUUCAACGCAAAGGGCCUACUUUACAUCCAAACUACAAAAACACUAAAUUGUUCAACAUAGACCAACCAUUAUGUAUUAAAAACUCCCUCUUUUAAAGAUCC